AUGGAACAUAAAAUUCCAUCUGGUAUCCUCGACGAUCUCAGCAGUCGAUUCAUCAUCAAUGUACCCGAGGAGGAGAGGAAAGAUUUGGUGCGAAUUUGCUUUCAAGUCGAAUUGGCACAUUGGUUUUACCUUGACUUCUACUGCACAGAGGAAUAUCCUAAACUGAGAUCAUGCGGCAUGAAAGAAUUCGCCACUCAUAUAUUUCAACACAUACCAUUUUUGAAACCACAUGUGCAGCACAUUGAUGCUGUGCUCGAGCAAUGGAGAGAGUACAAACAAAAUGUACCGACGUUUGGGGCAAUUGUGUUAAAUGAAGAUAUGACUAAGGUGCUUCUGGUGCAGAGCUACUGGGCAAAGAAUAGUUGGGGCUUUCCUAAAGGAAAAGUAAAUGAAGAUGAGGAGCCGUUUCAUUGUGCUAUUCGAGAAGUGUUGGAGGAAACUGGUUUUGAUAUAUCUAAUUUGAUAGAUAAAAAUGAGUACAUUGAAUCUACAAUAAACGAUCAAACUGUGAGAUUGUACAUUAUUUCGGGUGUGCAAAAGGAUACAAAGUUUCAACCAAAAACGCGGAAAGAAAUAAAGAAUGUUGAAUGGUUCGCUGUAGCGGAUUUGCCCAACACAAAAAAAGAUAUGACCCCUAAAAUGAAAAUGGGUGUUAGUCCAAAAGCAUUUUUUAUGGUGGUACCGUUUGUCAAGCGGAUAAAGCGGUGGAUUCAAGAGAAACAGCAACGUGAGAGAACCGCCAUUGCAACUGUACGAAGACAAAGGCAUAAAUCGUUGGGAGAUGUUGAAACAGUUUCAAAGAGCAAACGACAACAGCACUUUUCUACCACAGCGUCGCUUUUCCACCACUUUUCUACUUGUCCACCACAAAGCGAAGUUCCUGAUUUUAAAGUUGGCCGUCAAUCAAACACUUCUCCGGCUCGCAAUCGCCGUGGUGUAAAUGACAAUAAGAAAGACGCGUCGAAGACAGCGUUUAAACGAAAUCUAUUUGGAGACCAAGAGGAAGAUCAAUCACCUCUUGUUAAGCAGCUAAUAGAUAGUCCUGCUCAAUCGUGCUCAUUUCUAAUUGAUCCUGCGAUUCAGUCGAUCAAAUAUAAUGACUUUAGUUACAAAGCGCAAUCAUCGGAAAAAGAAGUAAAAGAUUUUCGCAAGAAAAGUCUGCCAGAAGGAAAUAUCAAGUCGAUGCUGUUCGGAGAAGCUGCGCGCAAAUUGCAAAAAGAUUUUCAAAUUAUUCCGCCGAUUCCUUUCGUAAGUCUGGGACAUGAUAGUUCACCGCUUUUAACGAAGAAUUACAAACAAAAUUAUCCUACCUUCGAUUUUCGCGUAAAGACUUGGGAUAAUUUCUCUUUUGAUAUCCAAGCGAUAUUAAAAGUUCUAAAGUAAUCAUAUAUAUAAUUUGAAAGAAUGGAUUACCAACAUAAGAGAAGUGCAGAUAUCGAAUUAGAUUCGAUAGCUAUUAACUUCAUCUAUGUUACUUUUCCUAUCUUUUAUCUUUGCUGGUCAAUAAUAAUGCGCGUGUGUAAUUAUGUUACAUGUACGAUAAUGUACCUUUGUGCAUUAUCAUACAUAUUACGUAAUAUUGAUAAAAUUGAUAUUGAUAAAUUUAAAGCUUCAAUUCACUCAUCACUACUACCUCAGAUUACGACAUCAGAAGCAAGACUUACAAAAAGCUUGCAAAAAAAUUAUAUUUAAAUAGAAAUAUUUUUCAA